GGCGCUGAGGUGGCGUUGGGGAGUUGUCUUCUGCAAAGGUUUUGCCUGGCGUUGUCCAACAUGGAGGAAGCACCGGCUGCGGGCGUCACCUGCGAGCUGAACUAAUCCCCGCCUGGCGUUCUGGGCAGCGGUGCCCGGUCCGAGCCCAGGGACUCCGCCGCCUGCACGCCCCGCGGCGGACCCUGGCUCUGGGUGCUCCUCGGGCCGCGGGCUUUCCGACGGGGACGCAGCGCAAGGAGGGAGCGCGGCGGCCCCGAGUCUCCCUGAGCCAUGGGCAACGAGGCGAGCUUGGAAGGGGAAGGGCUCCCGGAAGGGCUGGCGGCGGCGGCGGCCGCCGGAGGAGGGGCUGGCGGGGCGGGGAGCCCCUUGCACACCGUGAUCCCGGCCGGCAUGGAGGCGGAUCUGAGCCAGCUAAGCGAAGAGGAGAGGAGACAGAUCGCCGCUGUCAUGUCAAGGGCGCAGGGGCUGCCCAAGGAAAGCGUUCCCCCGGCCGCUGCGGAGCCGCCUUCCAUGCACAGGAAACAAGAGUUGGAUAGUAGUCAUUCUCCAAAGCAACCAGGAAAGCCGCCAGACCCUGGGCGUCCAGCUCAGCCUGGUCUCAGUAAAAGCAGAACUACAGACACUCUGAGGUCAGAGCAGAAAUUGCCUGGAAGGAGUCCUUCCACUAUUAGCUUGAAAGAAUCAAAGUCCAGAACUGAUUUUAAGGAAGAGCACAAAUCUAGCAUGAUGCCUGGCUUCCUCUCAGAGGUUAACCCUUUAAGUGCUGUCUCCUCUGUUGUAAAUAAAUUCAAUCCUUUUGAUUUGAUAUCAGACUCUGAUGCAUCCCAGGAAGACACUGCCAAGAAACAAAAAAUAGCUCAGAAGGAACAAGGAAAACCUGAAGGAAUUGUAAAGCCUCUAUCACAACAGUCACCCAAGCCAGUUCGUAAGCAGCAAGGACCUGUGAGGGCCCCACUUCAGCAGGAUGGCUCUCCAAAAUCAGUAUCUUCUCAGCAACCAGAAAAAACUAAAUCACAACCUCCAGGGACAGGAAAGCCAAUUCAGGGGAUUACCCAGGCUCCUCAGACAGACCAGGCCAAAUUGCCACUUCAAAGAGAUACAGCCAGGCCUCAGACUAAACAGUCAGACACAGUAAGGGGAGAAUCAGUUAAACCCUCAGUACAAAGUCCAUCCAAACCAACUAUUCAGCAAGCAAGUCCUGGGAAACCUCCAGCCCAGCAACCUGGACCUGAAAAACUUUCCACAGCACAACCUGGGCCUGCAAAGCCCUCACCUCCACAGCCAACAGCAAAACCCCCAGCCCAGCCACCAGGGACAACAAAGCCUACAGCUCUGCAGCCUGGGCCACAGUCUCCAGCUCAGCCACCUGGGCCUGCAAAGCCUCAAGCUCAACAGGUUGGGUCAGAGAAACCUCCGUCUCAGCCACCUGGGCCUGCAAAGACUCCAGCUCAGCCACCUGGGCCUGCAAAGACUCCAGCUCAGCCACCUGGGCCUGCAAAGACUCCAGCUCAGCCACCUGGGCCUGCAAAGACUCCAGCUCAGCAAGUUGGGCCAGCAAAGCCCCCUCCUCAACAGCCUGGCCCAGUGAAGCCCCCUCCUCAACAGCCUGGGCCAGGAAAGACUCCAGCUCAACAGCCUGGCCCAGCGAAGCCCCCUCCCCAACAGCCUGGGCCAGGAAAGACUCCAACUCAACAGCCUGGCCCAGCGAAGCCCCCUCCUCAGCAGCCUGGCCCAGCAAAGCCCCCUCUUCAACAGCCUGGGCCAGGAAAGACUCCAGCUCAACAGCCUGGCCCAGCGAAGCCCCCUCCUCAACUGCCUGGCCCAGCUAAACCCCCUCCUCAACAGCCUGGCCCAGCGAAGCCCCCUCCUCAACAGCCUGGCCCAGCGAAGCCCCCUCCUCAACAGCCUGGCCCAGCGAAACCCCCUCCUCAACAGCCUGGCCCAGCGAAACCCCCUCCUCAACAGCCUGGCCCAGCGAAACCCCCUCCUCAACAGCCUGGCCCAGCUAAACCCCCUCCUCAACAGCCUGGCCCAGCUAAACCCCCUCCUCAACAGCCUGGCCCAGCGAAGCCCCCUCCUCAACAGCCUGGCCCCGUAAAGCUCUCAGCUCAGCAAUCUGCAAAAUCAGUAAGCCAAACAGGAGGUGGAAAACCUCUGCAGCCACUGACUUCUCCCUCUGCAGCACAGGCUCCAGUACAAGGCCUCCCUAAAACCAUCUGUCCUCUUUGCAAUACCACUGAACUUCUGUUGCAUGUUCUGGAAAAGGCCAAUUUUAACACAUGCACUGAGUGUCAAACUACUGUCUGUAGCCUCUGUGGUUUUAAUCCCAAUCCUCAUUUAACUGAGAUAAAAGAGUGGCUCUGUUUAAACUGUCAGAUGCAAAGAGCUCUGGGAGGUGAUCUGGCUCCAAUUCCAUCGUCACCCCAACCCAAACCGAAGACUGCCCCUGCUAUUCCUGCAUCAGCAGUGAGCAAACCAUCCCCACAGUCACAGCAGAUUUCUCCAAAGAAGGAUGCUGCACCCAAACAGGAUAUCUCAAAGGCCCCUGAGUCUAAAAAGCCCCUACCACUAGUGAAACAGCCAACCCUUCAUGGUUCUCCCCCAGUCACGGCCCAGCAGUCUCCCGUGGCAGAGUCCCCGUCCAAGCCAGCCCCUCCCAAAGAGCCUUCUGUGCCAUCCGAGCAGGCCAAGGUCCCCACGGCUGAUGAUAAACCCAGGCUGCCCAAGACGGUAAAGCCAGCCAUAGACACUGUGUCUUCAUCGUCAACGGAAACAAAACCUGAUAUUCCAAGCUCCAGAGUAGAGUCACAGGAUCAAGAAAAAACAAUCCCUCCUCUCAAAACAGACUCUGCCAAACCCUCACAAAGUUUUCCACCAACAGGAGAAAAAGUCACCCCAUUUGAUUCUAGAGUCAUACCUCGUCCUGCAUCGGAUUCAAAAAUUAUUUCACAUCCUGGGCCUAGUUCAGAGAGCAAAGGUCAAAAACAAGUUGAUUCAUUUCAAAAGAGGGAAGAACCGAAGAAAGCGCAAACCAAAAUAAGUCCUAAGCCAGAUGCCAGGCCGACGCCAAAAGGGUCACCAACACCUCCGGGUCCACGACCUACCACUGGCCAAACUGCUGCUGCAUCUCCACAGCCCCCAAAGCCUCAGGAGCAGUCGAGACGUUUCAGUCUGAAUCUGGGAAGUAUUACUGAUGCCCCUAAAUCACAGCCCACAACUCCUCAAGAAACUGUGACUGGAAAACUCUUUGGGUUUGGAGCAUCAAUCUUCAGCCAGGCAUCAAAUUUAAUCUCCACAGCAGGCCAGCCUGGCUCUCAUCCACAAAGUGGGCCAGGGGCCUCAACAAGACAAGGCCCUCCGCCUUCACAGCCACCUCCUUCUCCAGGGCCACCCAAACCCGCAGGUCAGGUACCACCAGCACCUGCAAAGGUUAUACCCGUGAAAAAGGAAACAAAAGCUCUGGUAGCUGAAAAAUUAGAGCCCAAAGCUGAACAAGUUCCAACAGUGAAAAGAACAGAAAUGGAAAAGAAGCCUCUGCCUAUUAAGGAUAGCAGACCUUCAACAGCUGAGCCUCAAAAAGCUGUCCUUCCCCCAAAACCGGAGAAAAUUCCCAAACCAGAAUCAGCCUGUCCUCUCUGCAAAACUCAACUCAACAUAGGUUCUAAGGAUCCUCCCAACUUCAAUACUUGCACUGAAUGCAAGAAUCAAGUGUGUAAUCUCUGUGGAUUUAACCCUACACCACACUUGACUGAGAUUCAAGAAUGGCUUUGUUUAAACUGCCAAACGCAGAGAGCAAUAUCAGGACAGCUUGGAGACGUAGGCAAAAUGCCACCUACACAGUCAGGACCAAAAGCCUCUCCUGUGCCUGUCCCAACAGAGCAGCCUUCUCAGAAAACAGCCCUGCCUGCCCAAGUAAAAGUGAAAAAGAAGGAACAAGAAGUAAAAACAGAAGCUGAAAAAAUCACUCCAGAAAAAGUACAAGAAACACCUUCAAUUGAAAAAAUUCCCCUUAAGGUAACCACAGAUCAAAAACAAGAAGAGAGUAAACUAGAGAAAGACAAAACUUCAGCCCCUCAAGAAAAAAAGCCAUCCCCUGAAGACAAAAAGCCACUCCCAGAAGAAGAAAAGCCAACCACUGAAGAAAAAAAGCCACGUCCUGAAGGAAAAAAGCCAACUCCUAAAGACAGAAAGCCAAUCCCUGAAGACAAAAAGUUACCCCCAGGAGCAAAAACAUCAGCCCUAGAAGAGAAACAGAAACCUGACUUACUUAAAACUCAAGUACAAAUUGCUGAAGAAAAACCUGAAGGCAGAGUGGCUCCACAGGCAGUGCAAGAAAAGAAACCACCACAGACCAAGAUGGAGGAUUUACCAUCUGGCACACCUCCGAGUCGGCCAAAGGAGGAUGAUGAGAUGACUCACAAAGUAAAAGAACGGCCACAGGCAGCAUGCACAGCAAAGCCUGAUCCGGUGGAACCUGGGAAAGAAAAAACAGAAAAGGAAGAUGACAAAUCAGAUGCUUCAAGUUCUCAGCAGCCGAAAAGCCCACAAGGUCUGAGUGACACAGGAUAUUCUUCUGAUGGAAUAUCAAGUUCACUUGGUGAAAUUCCAAGUCUUAUUCCAACUGAUGAAAAGGAUUUGCUCAAAGGACUCAAAAAGGACUCUUUUUCACAAGAAAGCAGCCCUUCUAGCCCCUCAGAUCUGGCUAAGUUAGAAAGUACAGUCCUAUCCAUUUUGGAAGCUCAGGCAAGUACGCUUGUUGAAGAAAAGUCAGAAAAGGAAACAGUGCCCCAUGAGGUUUCUCCUGAGCAGCCUAAGGAGCAACAGAAAACUCAGAGUUUAUCUGAAACACUAGAAACUACAAUUUCAGAAGAGGAGCUCAAAGUGAGUCAGGAAGAAAAAGACACUUUUAAAAAACAGAGCCAACAAGACGUUCUUUCCAGAAAGGACCAUGAAGAAAAGUCUGAGUUUGUUGAUGACAUAACUACAAGAAGACAGCCUUAUGAUUCAGUUGAAGACAGUAGCGAAAGUGAAAACUCACCCAUUCCACAAAGAAAACGGAGAACUAGUGUUGGUUCAUCAAGCAGUGAUGAGUACAAACAGGAAGAUAGUCAAGGAUCAGGUGAAGAGGAGGACUUCAUUCGAAAACAAAUCAUAGAAAUGAGUGCUGAUGAAGAUGCUUCUGGUUCUGAAGAGGAUGAGUUCAUUAGGAACCAGCUCAAAGAGAUUAGUAGUAGUAUUGAGAGCCAGAGGAAGGAAGAAACAAAAGGGAAAGGGAAAGUAACACCAGGGAGACACAGGCGACUGACUCGAAAAAGUAGUGCAAGCUUUGAUGAUGAUGCAGGGAGACGCCAUUCAUGGCAUGAUGAAGAUGAUGAGACAUUUGAUGAAAGCCCUGAACUUAAAUACAGAGAAACUAAAAGUCAGGAGAGUGAAGAACUUGUGGUUGCUGGAGGAGGAGGGCUACGUCGAUUCAAAACGAUUGAACUCAACAGCACAAUAGCAGACAAAUAUUCUGCAGAGUCAUCACAGAAAAAAACAGCUUUGUAUUUUGAUGAAGAGCCAGAAUUAGAAAUGGAAAGCCUAACAGACUCUCCAGAAGACAGGUCAAGGGGGGAAGGAUCUUCUAGUCUUCAUGCUUCCAGCUUCACUCCUGGCACAUCCCCUACGUCAGUGUCGUCACUUGAUGAGGACAGUGACAGUAGCCCGAGUCACAAAAAAGGAGAGAGCAAACAACAACGUAAAGCUCGGCACAGAUCUCAUGGCCCUCUUUUACCUACUAUUGAAGAUUCUUCAGAGGAGGAAGAAUUGAGAGAGGAAGAAGAAUUAUUAAAGGAGCAAGAAAAGCAGCGAGAAUUAGAACAGCAGCAAAGAAAGAGUUCUACUAAGAAAUCAAAGAAAGAUAAAGAUGAGCUUCGAGCUCAGAGAAGGAGGGAAAGACCAAAGACACCACCCAGUAAUCUGUCUCCCAUUGAAGAUGCAUCUCCAACAGAAGAAUUACGUCAGGCUGCAGAAAUGGAGGAGCUCCAUCGAUCUUCUUGUUCUGAAUAUUCACCUAGCAUAGAGUCGGACCCAGAAGGCUUUGAAAUAAGCCCAGAAAAAAUAAUAGAAGUGCAAAAAGUUUAUAAGUUGCCCACAGCUGUAUCUUUAUACUCACCCACAGAUGAGCAAUCUAUUAUGCAGAAAGAAGGUAGCCAAAAGGCAUUAAAAAGUGCUGAGGAGAUGUAUGAAGAAAUGAUGCAUAAACCACACAAAUAUAAAGCUUUUCCAGCUGCAAAUGAACAAGAUGAAAUGUUUGAAAAAGAGCCUUUGUAUGGUGGGAUGUUAAUAGAGGAUUAUAUUUAUGAAUCUUUAGUAGAGGACACAUACAAUGGUUCAGUAGAUGGCAGUCUGCUAACAAGGCAAGAAGAUGAAAAUGGAUUUAUGCAGCAGAGAGGGAGAGAGCAAAAAAUAAGACUUCCAGAACAGAUUUAUGAAGAUCCCAUGCAGAAAAUUACAGACCUCCAGAAAGAGUUUUAUGAGUUAGAAAGCUUACAUUCUGUUUUGCCUCAAGAAGACAUCGUUUCAAGCUCUUAUAUCAUCCCAGAAAGCCAUGAAAUAGUGGAUCUGGGUAGUAUGGUCACUUCUACCAGUGAAGAAAAAACAUUAUUAGAUGCUGAUGCUGCCUAUGAAGAACUCAUGAAGAGGCAACAGAUGCAAUUAACACCUGGAUCCAGUCCAACCCAGCCCCCCAUCAGAGAUGAUAUGACAGAGUCCACUACGGACUUUGACAGGGUGCCCGAUGCAUCUUUGACAUCAAGUGUUCUCUCAGGAGCAUCUCUUACCGAUUCAACCAGCAGUGCAACUCUCUCUAUCCCAGAUGUUAAAAUAACCCAACAUUUUUCAGCAGAAGAAAUUGACGAUGAAUAUGUAACCGAUUAUACAAGAGAAAUUCAAGAGAUAAUUGCCCAUGAAUCACAGAUUCUGACCUACUCUGAGCCUUCAGAAAGUGUCCCACCCUCUGACACACCCUCUCUUACAUCAUCUGUUUCUUCAGUUUGUACCACAGACAGCUCCUCACCCGUUACUACCCUGGAUAGUAUAACCACAGUUUAUACUGAGCCAGUGGACAUAGUAACUAAAUUUGAAGAUUCUGAGGAAAUUUCUUCAUCAACAUAUUUUCCAGGCAGCAUUAUAGACUAUCCAGAAGAGAUAAGUAUAUCUUUAGAUCGGACUACCAUACCAGAUGGUAGAACUAGUGCUGAUCAUAUUGUGAUUUCCUUAUCUGAUACGGAACCUUCUGUCAUAGAAUCUGCAGGAAUUAAACCCGAGGGGCUAAUUGCUGAUGCUAUUUCCACUGACUUAUCUCUACCUGAAAAAGACCCAGGGAAGAAAGCCAAGAAGGAAACUGAGAAUGGAAUGAUUCUGGAAGUUUUGGAAGCUUACAGAGAUGAAAGGAAGGAGUCUGAGGCUGAACUAACAAAAAUUAGCUUAUCUGAAACUGUGUUUGAUCAACCACCUUCUUCUAUAAUAGCCCUUCCAAUGAAGGAACAGGUUUCAACUACAUGCUUUAUAUCUGGAGAGGGCUUUGGUCAAGCAAAACCUGCAUCUCAUUUACCUUCUGGUAGUCCUUCUGUUCCCUCUCUUCCAACUAAAACUCGUCCAUUCUUUCGAAGUUCUUCUUUGGACACAUCAGCACAACCUCCUCCCCCUCCUCCUCCUCCACCUCCUCCUCCUCCUCCUCCACCUCCCCCUCCUCCCCCACCUCUUCCUCCACCAACUUCACCUAAACCAACUGUUCAUCCCAAAAGAAAAUUAACAGUUAUAGCUCCAGUGACUCUAACUACUACAGCUACACCUCUAGUUGAUGCUGUUACUACAGUAGAGACCACAGCUGUUCCAAGGAGUAUUGGAUUACCUGUAACAAAAAUCUGUACCACUGCACCUCCUCCUGUUCCUCCUAAGCCAUCUUCAAUUCCAUCUGGACUUGUAUUUACACAUAGACCUGAGCCAAGCAAACCUCCAAUUGCCCCUAAACCAGCGGUUCCUCAGCUUCCAGUAACUACACAAAAACCAACAGAUACACACCCCAAACCAACUGGUCUAUCUUUAACUUCAAAUAUGACAUUAAAUUUAGUGACAUCAGCAGAUUAUAAAUUGCCUUCCCCUACCUCGCCACUUUCCCCUCACUCUAACAAGUCCUCACCAAGAUUUUCCAAAUCCCUCACGGAAACUUAUGUGGUUAUCACAUUGCCAUCUGAACCUGGGACUCCAACAGAUUCUUCAAGUAGUCAAGCAAUUACCAGUUGGCCCCUGGGAUUACCCCCGAAAGAUCUGAUUUCCAUUGAAUCCGUGUUUUCUGUAACUCCUCCUAUGACGGCUGCAGAAAUUUCAAGUUCUUCAGACCAGAACUUCUACAUCUCAGGCACUUUGGAAACAUUUUCUGCUAUCCCUGUCACAACACUAUCAUCAUUUCAAGCAGUACCAACUUCAGUCACACAGUUUAUCACAACCGAAGUUUCCAAGGUGGAAGUUUCAGCAGCCAGAAGUCCAGUCUCUAGUGUUGGUCUCAGCAGCAUCUCUAUAUCAAUUCCUCCAGAGCCUCUUGCUCUAGAUAAUCUACAUUUAGAGAAGCAUCAGCAUAAGGACAAUGGUAAGUUGCAACUUGUUGGUGAUGCCAUUGAUUUGCGGACGGUACCGAAAGUAGAAAUUAAAGUAACUGAAAAAUGUAUGGAUCUUUCUGCUUCUACAAUGGAUAUGAAAAGGCAGACCACAAUAAAUGAAGUUUAUGGGAGACAAAUUAGUGCUGUGCAACCUUCUAUUAUAAAUCUCAGUGCAACUUCAUCAGUAGUGACUCCAAUAACUCUGGUCACCGAGACAGUGACUGUUGUCACGUGCACAGCUAGUGCAAGUUACACUAUGGGCACCGAAAGCCUAGUGGGUAUAGGACUUGCAACAACAGCACCACUCCAGCUUACUACAUCAAAGCAUGCUGAGCCCCCAUACAGGAUACCAAGUGGCCAAGCCUUUCCUACAGUUAGGGAGGAAGCGCCAAUAAACUUGUCUUUAGGUACUUCAGCACAUGCAAUGACAUUGGCUAUUACAAAACCUGUUGCUGCACCUCCUGUUGGUGUCACAAAUGGAUGGACUGAUAGCACCACAUCCCAGGGGAUCACUGAUGGGGAAGCAGUGGAUCUCAGUACAACGAAGUCUCAUAGAACUGUUGUAACAAUGGAUGAAUCUACUUCAGGUGUGGUGACCAAAAUAAUAGAAGAUGAUGAAAAACCUGUUGAUCUGACUGCAGGAAGAAGAGCUGUGUGCUGUGAUGUGGUUUAUAAGUUACCUUUUGGAAGGAGCUGCACAGCACAGCAGCCUGCAACUACACUUCCUGAGGAUCGUUUUGGUUAUAGGGAUGACCACUAUCAAUAUGAUCGAUCAGGGUCUUACGGUUAUAGAGGGAUUGGGGGAAUGAAAUCUUCCAUGUCUGACACUAAUUUAGCAGAAGCUGGACAUUUUUUCUAUAAAAGUAAGAAUGCUUUUGAUUAUUCUGGAGGAACUGCUGCAGCAGUAGAUCUAACUUCAGGGAGAAUUACUACAGGUGAGGUAAUGGAUUAUUCAAGCAAGACUACAGGUCCAUAUCCAGAAACACGACAAGUCAUUUCAGGAGUUGGGAUUAGUACCCCACAGUAUUCCACAGCAAGAAUGACUCCACCUCCAGGAUCCCAGUAUGGUGUGGGGAGUGUUUUGAGGUCAUCUAAUGGUGUUGUCUAUUCUUCAGUAGCAACUCCAAUUCCCUCCACAUUUGCUAUCACCACACAACCUGGCUCCAUUUUCAGCACCUCUGUGAGGGAUUUGUCUGGUGUGCACACAACUGAUUCAGUGACUUCAUUAUCCGCCCUGCACCAGAGCCAGCCAAUGCCUAGAUCCUAUUUCCUAACAACAGGUGCAUCUGAAACGGACAUUGCAGUAACUGGUAUUGAUAUCAGUGCUAGUUUGCAAACUAUUACUAUGGAAACUCUUACUGCUGAGACAAUAGACUCAGUUCCCACUUUAACCACAGCAUCUGAAGUGUUUUCUGAAGUGGUGGGAGAUGACAGUGCUAUUUUAAUUGUCCCUGAAGAAGAUAAACAACAGCAGCAGCUAGACUUGGAGCGUGAGCUCUUGGAACUGGAGAAAAUUAAGCAACAGCGUUUUGCUGAGGAAUUGGAGUGGGAACGUCAGGAAAUUCAAAGGUUCCGAGAACAAGAAAAAAUCAUGGUUCAAAAAAAGCUGGAGGAGCUGCAGUCUAUGAAGCAGCACCUUCUCUAUCAGCAGGAAGAAGAGCGUCAAGCCCAGUUCAUGAUGAGACAGGAGACAUUAGCUCAGCAACAGUUACAGCUGGAGCAGAUCCAACAGCUGCAGCAACAGCUUCACCAGCAGCUAGAAGAGCAAAAGAUUCGCCAGAUCUACCAGUAUAACUAUGACCCUGCUGGAACUGCUUCUCCACAAACCACUACUGAGCAGGCUAUUUUGGAAGGUCAGUAUGCUGCCCCAGAAGGCAGUCAGUUUUGGGCGACUGAAGAUACAACCACCACAGCCUCAGCUGUUGUGGCGAUUGAAAUACCACAAAGCCAAGGAUGGUACACAGUUCAGUCUGACGGUGUUACUCAAUACAUUGCCCCACCUGGCAUCCUGAGUACUGUUUCAGAAAUACCUCUAGCAGACGUUGUUGUAAAAGACGAAAAACAACCCAAAAAGAGAAGUUCUGGAGCUAAAGUCCGUGGACAGUACGAUGAGAUGGGGGAAAAUAUGGCAGAUGAUCCUCGCUGCUUUAAAAAGAUAAUGGACAGUGGUGUGCAAACUGACGAUGAAGAUGCAGCAGAUCGGAGUUAUGUGAGUAGGAGAAGGAGAACUAAAAAGAGUGUUGAUACGAGUGUCCAAACUGAUGAUGAAGAUCAGGAUGAAUGGGAUAUGCCUACUAGAUCAAGGAGAAAAGCUCGUGUAGGGAAAUAUGGUGACAGCACUACAGAGGCUGACAAGACCAAACCCCUUUCCAAAGUCUCCAGUAUAGCAGUUCAAACAGUAGCAGAGAUAUCUGUGCAAACUGAACCAGUUGGAACCAUAAGAACACCUUCAAUACGGGCACGCACGGAUGCCAAGGUAGAAAUAAUUAAACACAUUUCAGCACCUGAAAAGACUUACAAAGGGGGCAGUUUAGGAUGUCAGACAGAAGCAGAUUCAGACACACAAAGUCCUCAAUAUCUGAGUGCCACAUCUCCACCCAAAGACAAGAAACGCCCAACACCUUUAGAGAUUGGUUAUUCAACUCACCUCCGGGCAGAUUCCACAUUACAGCUGGCUCCUUCCCCACCCAAAUCUCCAAAAGUCCUUUAUUCACCCAUCUCACCACUUUCACCAGGCAAAGCCUUAGAAUCAGCCUUUGUACCUUAUGAAAAACCCCUCCCUGAUGAUAUAAGUCCACAGAAAGUACUGCAUCCAGACAUGGCUAAAGUUCCCCCAGCAAGUCCUAAGACAGCCAAGAUGAUGCAGCGGUCCAUGUCUGACCCCAAGCCUCUGAGUCCAACAGCAGAUGAAAGUUCCAGGGCUCCUUUUCAGUAUACCGAGGGCUACACGACGAAAGGUUCUCAAACCAUGACACCCUCUGGCACCCAGAAAAAAGUUAAGAGAACUCUGCCGAAUCCACCUCCUGAGGAGACCUCUGCAGGAACACAGCCAACAUACAGCACAAUGGGCACAGUUUCCAGGAGAAGGAUCUGCAGAACCAACACAAUGGCACGAGCCAAGAUUCUCCAGGAUAUAGACAGAGAGCUUGAUCUUGUGGAGAGGGAAUCUGCAAAGCUCAGAAAGAAACAGGCAGAACUUGAUGAGGAAGAAAAGGAGAUUGAUGCCAAAUUACGGUACCUGGAAAUGGGGAUUAACAGGAGGAAAGAGGCAUUAUUAAAGGAGAGAGAAAAGAGAGAGCGAGCUUACCUCCAGGGAGUAGCCGAGGAUCGUGAUUACAUGUCUGACAGUGAGGUGAGCAGCGCCAGACCUACCCGAAUGGAAAGUCAGCAUGGCAUAGAGCGACCAAGAACUGCUCCCCAACCUGAAUUCAGCCAGUUUAUACCACCACAAACCCAAACAGAAUCUCAGCUGGUUCCUCCUACGAGUCCUUAUACACAAUACCAAUACUCUUCCCCUCCUCCUCCUACCGAGGCACCCACCCCAUACACUCAACAAUCCCAUUUUCAGCAACAAACUUUGUAUCAUCAGCAAGUUUCACCUUAUCAGACUCAGCCAACGUUCCAAGCUGUGGCAACAAUGUCCUUUACGCCUCAAGCUCAACCUACACCAACCCCAGAACCUUCUUAUCAGUUACCAUCACAGAUGAUGGUGAUACAACAAAAGCCGCGGCAAACUACGUUGUAUUUGGAGCCCAAGAUAACUUCAAACUAUGAGGUGAUUCGCAACCAACCCCUAAUGAUAGCUCCUGUUUCUACUGAUAAUACGUAUGCUGUUUCCCAUCUUGGGAGUAAGUACAAUAGCUUAGACUUGAGAAUAGGAUUGGAGGAAAGAAGUAGCAUGGCAAGCAGUCCAAUAUCAAGCAUAUCUGCAGAUUCUUUCUAUGCAGAUAUUGACCACCAUACUCCACGAAAUUAUGUCCUAAUUGAUGACAUUGGAGAGAUUACCAAAGGAACAGCAGCGUUAAGCACUGCGUUUAGCCUUCAUGAAAAGGAUCUGUCAAAAACGGAUCGUCUCCUUCGAACCACUGAAACACGUAGGUCUCAAGAAGUGACAGAUUUCCUAGCGCCUUUGCAGACUUCCUCCAGAUUGCAUAGUUAUGUGAAAGCAGAGGAAGACCCAAUGGAGGAUCCUUAUGAGAUAAAGCUUCUGAAACAUCAGAUUAAACAAGAAUUCCGUAGAGGAGCGGAGAGCUUAGAUCACCUUGCUGGUCUUUCCCAUUAUUAUCAUGCCGAUACUAGCUAUAGGCAUUUUCCAAAAUCUGAAAAGUAUAGCAUUAGUAGACUCACACUUGAAAAGCAAGCAGCAAAACAACUACCAGCAGCCAUACUUUAUCAAAAGCAGUCAAAGCAUAAGAAGUCACUAAUAGACCCUAAAAUGUCAAAAUUUUCACCUAUUCAAGAAAGUAGAGACCUUGAACCUGAUUAUUCGAGCUAUAUGACUUCUAGCACUUCAUCUAUUGGUGGCAUUUCUACCAGGGCAAGACUUCUUCAAGAUGAUAUCACUUUUGGCCUCAGAAAAAAUAUUACAGACCAACAAAAAUUUAUGGGAUCAUCUCUUGGCAGUGGACUGGGCACAUUAGGAAAUACCAUACGGUCAGCUCUUCAAGAUGAAGCAGAUAAGCCCUACAGUAGUGGCAGCAGAUCUAGACCUUCUUCUAGACCUUCCUCUGUCUAUGGGCUUGAUUUAUCAAUUAAAAGAGAUUCUUCCAGCUCUUCCCUAAGACUGAAAGCUCAAGAGGCUGAAGCUCUAGAUGUUUCUUUUAGUCAGGCAUCAUCAUCUGGUAGAACUAAGCCUACCAGUUUGCCAAUUAGCCAGAGUAGAGGAAGAAUACCAAUUGUGGCCCAGAAUUCUGAAGAAGAAAGUCCACUCAGUCCUGUUGGCCAGCCAAUGGGAAUGGCCAGGGCUGCUGCUGGACCCCUGCCACCAAUAUCAGCAGACACCAGGGAUCAGUUUGGAUCAAGUCACUCAUUGCCUGAAGUUCAGCAGCACAUGAGAGAAGAAUCACGGACUCGAGGCUAUGACCGUGACAUAGCGUUCAUCAUGGAUGACUUCCAACAUGCCAUGUCAGACAGUGAAGCCUAUCAUCUGCGUCGUGAAGAAACAGAUUGGUUUGACAAACCCAGGGAUUCUCGUUUGGAAAAUGGACACGGUCUGGAUCGAAAACUGCCAGAAAGAAUGGUCCACUCUAGACCACACAGUCAACAUCAAGAGCAAAUUAUACAGAUGAACGGGAAGUCUGUGCACUACAUCUUUCCUCAUGCGAGGAUAAAAAUAACAAGAGACUCUAAGGAUCACACAGUUUCAGGUAAUGGAUUAGGAAUUAGAAUUGUGGGUGGUAAAGAAAUCCCUGGACAUAGUGGAGAAAUUGGAGCCUAUAUUGCCAAGAUUCUUCCUGGGGGAAGUGCAGAACAGACAGGGAAACUUAUGGAAGGGAUGCAAGUAUUGGAAUGGAAUGGAAUUCCUUUAACUUCUAAAACAUAUGAAGAAGUGCAGAGUAUCAUUAGUCAGCAAAGUGGGGAAGCAGAAAUAUGUGUAAGACUGGACCUCAAUAUGCUGUCGGAUUCUGAAAAUCCCCAGUGCCUGGAACUCCAUGAACCACCAAAAGCUGUGGAUAAAGCGAAAUCCCCAGGGGUUGAUCCUAAGCAGCUGGCAGCAGAGCUCCAGAAGGUUUCACUACAGCAGUCACCACUGGUUCUGUCGUCUGUCGUUGAAAAAGGAUCUCACGUUCAUUCAGGUCCUACAUCAGCAGGAUCGAGUUCUGUUCCCAGCCCUGGGCAACCAGGGUCACCCUCGGUGAGCAAAAAGAAACAUAGCAGCAGCAAGCCUACUGAUGCAACAAAGGUUGUCUCUCAUCCAAUUACGGGGGAAAUUCAGCUUCAAAUCAAUUAUGAUCUUGGAAAUCUCAUAAUACAUAUUCUCCAAGCAAGAAACCUUGUCCCUCGAGACAACAACGGUUAUUCUGACCCCUUUGUUAAAGUUUACCUUCUUCCAGGACGAGGUGCUGAGUAUAAGAGAAGGACUAAAUAUGUUCAAAAAAGUCUUAAUCCUGAGUGGAAUCAAACAGUAAUUUAUAAAAGUAUCUCCAUGGAACAGCUCAAGAAGAAAACACUGGAGGUGACAGUUUGGGAUUAUGAUAGAUUUUCUUCCAAUGACUUUCUUGGUGAGGUAUUGAUUGAUUUAUCUAGCACAUCUCACCUCGAUAACACUCCUAGGUGGUAUCCUCUCAAAGAACAGACUGAAAGCAUUGAUCAUGGCAAGUCUCAUUCCAGUCAAAGCAGCCAGCAGUCCCCAAAGCCAUCUGUCAUCAAAAGCAGAAGCCAUGGUAUCUUCCCUGACCCAUCCAAGGACAUGCAGGUUCCCACCAUUGAGAAAUCCCAUAGUAGUCCUGGUAGCUCGAAAUCCUCCUCUGAAGGCCAUCUCCGCUCUCAUGGACCAUCUCGCAGUCAAAGCAAAACCAGCGUCACCCAGACCCACCUGGAAGAUGCAGGGGCUGCCAUAGCCGCUGCUGAAGCCGCCGUGCAACAACUUCGCCUUCAACCAACAAAGCCCACCAAUCAGCGGCCUGCAGAAAGCUCCGUGUCCACCGGCUCGUCUGGCAGCAGCUUUGGCAGUGGGUAUAGCGUGGACAGUGAAGGAAGCAGCAGCACAGCAGGGGAGACUAAUCUAUUUCCUAUUCCAAGGAUAGGGAAGAUGGGGCAGAAUGGGCAAGAGCCCGUAAAACAGCCAGGAGCAGGAGUGGGACUAGCAGACCCCGAGGUUAAAACUCAGGUAAUGGGAGAAAUCAAGAUUGCAUUGAAGAAGGAAAUGAAGACAGAUGGUGAACAACUAAUAGUUGAAAUACUCCAAUGCAGAAAUAUCACCUACAAAUUUAAAUCUCCUGAUCACUUACCAGAUUUAUAUGUGAAAAUAUAUGUGAUGAACGUCUCUACCCAAAAAAAGGUGAUCAAGAAAAAAACAAGAGUGUGUAGACAUGAUCGAGAGCCUUCAUUCAACGAAACUUUUAGAUUCAGCCUAAGUCCUGCUGGACAUUCUCUUCAGAUUUUACUUUUCUCCAACGGAGGGAAAUUUAUGAAAAAGACCCUGAUUGGCGAAGCCUGUAUCUGGCUUGACAAAGUGGAUCUCAGAAAAAGGAUAGUCAACUGGCAUAAACUUUUGGUCAGUCCUACUCAAACCCAUUGAAUGUGUCUGCUCAGGGUAUAGAAACUGCUCUAAAUACUCUUGAAUCAAAACUAUGUUGGAUACUACUGUACUAAGCUCUGUUUCCAGGAGUAAACAUGAGAGGAGGAACAAAAGGCAAAAACAUACUUAAAGCCUUGUAAAUGUAUUGUUGUGGAACACAGGAAAAAACUCAAAUGAAAAAGUUCAUAUAUGGAAGACAAAAAAAAAAGGAGCUCUGAGACCUUGGAUUUCUUGUGGUUGUCAAGAAAAACAGUAAGAAAUUUUGAUUACUUAAUGCAAAAAUCAUUGAGCAAAGUUGAGCUAUAGCUAAAGGCAGAGGCUCAAAAAUUAAUAUGGUUUCUAAUGCGACAAAGGUAAUCCUUUAUGCAAAAGAACCUUGGUUGAAAGGAAAGAACUGAUGUAACAAAUUUCAAUUUUCACAAGUCCAAAAAUCUUUCUUCUUAAGAUAAAGAAGAUAAGAUAAUCUUAUGAGACAACUUACUGUUUUGAGAUUCUGACAUAGGAUACACUUACAGUAUGUGUCCAAGACUAGAAGUAAGGUGAUUGUGUUCACAGGGAAAAGGGAACUGGUGGUGUAGAAAUUAUGGCUUUUAGACCAUAUUGUACAGGUUUUCUCAGUGUCUAAAUAUUACAACGGUCAAUAACACCAAUUUUGGAAUCCAUGUUGUAAAAGCACAUUUGUAUAAUUUGAAGUAAUGUAGAGUGAAGAUAAUACUAAAUAGAAGUGGAAUUACAUUUAUCUAGAAAUAGAGCCACGACUGGCGAACAAAGAAUGUUGCCUCACAAAAUAUUGGAACCUUGGUUGAAAACAUCAAAAUCUCCAUAACUUACCCUUAAGCCAAGAUAUUUUCAGUCUACAUACCGAAGGACCUAGAUUAAAUUGGUAUGUUCUAGGAAGCAUGAUAACUUGUUCUUUGUAGAAUUGCAAAUAAAUGUAUUAUCCUGCCUAUUUCCUUUCUCUGGAAUUAACAGAGAGAAAAUUCUUCCUCUGGCAAACAAAUCUAUUAAUUUUGUGACAUUGAUUAAUUAAAUUGGUGUCAUUUCCUGCUUUUCCAUAAUGGUUUUUUUCCUUAACACGUUAACUGAUUGUAUAACAAAAAAACCCUGAAACCAAACUCAAAUUCUCUCUAGUGCUCCAUUUUCCUCCCUUAAUGACAAUAUCACAGUGAUCAAGUUCAUCAAUGUUGGGAAAAUAUGUGAAAAAUCAACAUUAUAUUGAGGUUAAAAUAUAAUUUGAGCUAUUUUAAGAAUAUAUAAUAAAAGGACCAGUGUCUAAGUCAUUAAAAUGAAAUAUCCUCUUCUCUAUCAACCAACAACAUUAACAAAGGAAAUAACAUUGAGUUGUAGGAAACGCACUCAGCUGGGAUUAAAAGCCUGGCUUCUGGUCUGGGUUCUGCCACUGACUGACUGUGUCACUUUGCACAUGUCACUUAAACUCAGUUUUCCCCAGUUCUUUUAUUUGUGGGAGAAGAAUAAUUAUAUAUUCCUAGCCUUCCUAAUGGGAGGUUGGGAUGAUCAAACUAAGUGAUCUAUGAGAGACGAUGAAAGCACAUUUCCAAAUAUAGUUUUAUAUGCAUACGUGAAGAAUAAUUAUUACGCAGCUUUUUAAUUCUCAAAUUUUAUAUGUGAAAAAGCAUCCUCCAAACCAAUGGCAAGUAUUGACUUGGAUAAAA